CUGCUUAAGGGACGAAUACUGAGACCAACCAACCGAUCGCCGCUACAACCCACCGUCUAUCCUAUCUUGGUGCUCAAUUCGAGUACACGAUGCCCGAUCCACCGGCCCUAACUACGACCUUCACACCUCCUGCUUCCUGCUUUACAGACUGGUUCUUCAGUACCAACGAUCAACAAGGCCCUUCACGAUCGGCCACGGAAUGCUUUCCGAGCGGAUUCGGCGGAUGGGAGCCAGCCCGGAACUUCUAUUUCUCACCUGGAGUCUGCCCCAUUUCAUACGUGACGCGAAAAACCUCCCUCAAGCGUAUCGGGUCCGCAACCGAAACAAUUGUAGCAUGCUGCCCAAGUGGCUAUAACUAUAUAGAUACCAACAACGACUGUUUUUCGCUCACCACACCGGGACCCGAUGUUUUAGAAACAGAGACGGCCAAGGAAUAUCGGGGCUCCACCGUGGUUGGAACUGUCACGCGGACAAUCGGUAAUGGAGUGAAGCGGUAUAUGUGGGCUUUACCCACUCCGAAACCAAUAUCGCAACGAUAACGGCUACGACAAUAGGGCCGGUAGUACCAAC